AUGAAAUCUAUAGCUUCAUUCCUUAAUUUCAUCUUGGAAACAACACAUCCAGUUUAUAAAGUUUUUGCAACCCGUGCAGUUCAAACGUUUCAAUUUUUAAUUUUGAUUAAAUAAAACCUUUGAGUUAUUGUGAAACUUUUAUAUCGAAAAUGGACGCCCAGACAAAAUACCUGAACUGCAAACUGAAUCUUUCAAAAAACACCGACGUUUCCUGCAUGGUUCCACGGCCUGUUCUGAAGGAGAAAAUCGAGAAUCUGAACACUUUGAUCGAAGAACUCCAAAAACUGUUUGAACACGAUGGCGUAUAUGCGUCGGAAGUUGAAGCCCUGAUGUUGCAAUACGAAUCCAACAAAACCGAUUGGGAACGAUAUGCAUUUUUCAACAGCAAAGGACUCUACACUAGGAACCUAGUUGACGAAGGGAACGGAAAAUACAAUCUGAUCCUGUUAUGUUGGAAUCCAAAUCGCGAGUCACCUCCUCACGAUCAUUCCGACUCGCACUGCUUCAUGAAGAUUCUCGAUGGUAGCCUCAAGGAAGUCAGAUACGAACAGCCAAAAUCAGAAGACAACAAUUCUUCAAAUAUUAACCAAUGUGGAAAUGGAAAAGAUAAUGAAAUAAAUGCAUGCUGCAAAAUUUCCGCCGAAAAUAAAGUUAAGCCCAACAUUUGCGACCGCAUCGUUGGAGAUGGCGCGAAAAAGGAACAAAAUGGAGAAGUGGGCGCUAUGGAAGGCAAUAUGAUUGUAAAAAGUACUAAAGUAUUGAAAGUUAACGACGUCCAUUACAUUAAUGAUGACCAGGGUGUACACAAAAUGCAGAACACUGAAAAUAAAGGAGCCGUGUCACUCCAUCUGUACUGUCCACCGUUCGGCACUUGUAAAGUCUUCGACAAAAAUGGAAAAGCUUCGGUUGCUGAGGUCACAUAUUACUCUAAAUAUGGAGUCAAGAAUAAUAAUUGAGCACAACAAUGAUAUUGCAUUCGCCACAUCUUCUGGUGCAAACUCAUGAUAAUUUGCGGCGAAUACAAUAACAACAUCCUGUAGAAGAUUUCCCCAAACACAAAAUUAUAGGAACAACACUUUUGCUAAUGAUGAGUGGAUUGCUUGACCGGGAAAUAUCAGGCCUAAUCAGACAAGUCCAGGUUCCCGACGCUAAUUCACUUCCCUUCGAUAGCAUUCUUAAUAUCUUCGAUUUUCAACCUCUUUUAAAAAGGCUGGCCUUAUACCACCCGUAAUACCAAAGGUAUUGCAGACCUUUGGUAUUACGUGUCGUUCGUUUCCUAUGCUAUAAAAAAAAUAUACCUACCUCUUCUUAAAGGGCCGGUCUUAUCUGCAAUACCCCUGCUUUUACCAUAUCCACCUAUGGACCAUAAUGUGACCUUGGCAAAUUCGAUUGCUUUGCUAAAAAAAUAAUAAAAAAAUAAUUAUAUAGGCAAAGAGCGGAGUUUCUUGUCAGUUCUUCUCAGCUCAAAUUGCAUUCCGAACUGACGGUAGAUUUGACUUAUUAUAAGUGUCUAUAAUACACCUACAUGAAUAAAGAUAUUUAUAAUUGAGAUGAUUAAAAAAAAUGUAUUUAUAUAUAAUAUAUAUGUUAGAAGUAUAGAAAUUUACAUAUUUUCAUGCCAGUUCUUCUUGGUUGAAAUUAAUUUCAGAACUAGAAUAUAAGAGAGAGAAAAAAAUGUAAAAAAAAGAAAAAAAAAAAGAAGAAU